AUGAGUAGUGGAGAUAGUGAGGAUACAUUACAGCUCUACAUAGGAAGAAAAUGUGGGAGAGAUAAUUCAGUAUGCAAUUGUCUUCCUAAACCCGGCGGAUUAGAAUCCUUCCUGACUUCUAAUCCUCUUAACGCUACAGGCUUUGUUGCCCUUACCCAUUCCAACAAGGGAAAAACAUUCACUCUACUCAAAAGUCUAGGUGAUGGUGAAGAGGAGCUAGGUGAGGAACUACAAGAUGGACCAAUCGGUGGUGUUAAGGAAGCCUCUGUUUUCUACUGGGAUGGUGACAAGGGUUUUCAGAAUCCACUCCUUAUUGAGGUUAAUAACGGAAUCAAGCCAACAUACUACCUGAAAUAUGAGGAUGAUGAACUAGAAGGACAUGCUAAUGAAAAGGUCUGGAAAAAACAUGACGGAGGAGGAAGAUCCUUACAGGCCUUAUUGGACGAAAGAAAUAUAGGCCGGAAUAACCGCUAUGCUCUCUAUCUGGAUGAGCCUAACAAGAAUCUUGGUUUGGAUUCCAAUGUUGCGAAGAAUAUAACUAUAGAACGCGUUGGUGAUUCACAAACUCUUCCUGGUACUAACUAUAGUGUUACAGGAUAUAAGCUAAAUAGUCAGAAUGGUACCAAGUUUUCCAUGGCCAUAUAUAAUAAGGACAAAGCUAACAUUCCUAUUCCAGAGAAUGCAACUGGUGAUUUUAAGGUUUAUUCGUCGCCAAGCCAUGCGGGUGGUAGCAUGCCUGUUAUGCUUUCAUUUAAACUACCCGAUGAAAAUUCCAGAUCGUUCUAUAGUACAAGUAAAGAUGGUAGGAACUGGACAGAAGUGGGUAAUGGUACUAAAUCCUAUGACGAUGAUAAUAUCCAACUCACAGAGGACAUUAUCAAAGACCUUGACAGAUUCAGUUGCCAAUACCGCGAAGAGGUCACCGUUGAUUUAUCUUCUUCUAGAAAUGGGUCCUACUGCUGCAAAGAGCAUGCAGAUAAGGAUAAGGGUGAUGGAAGAGUCUCGGUUGAGAGUGUGACAGUUCGUUGUAAAGAGUCUACUCAUCAAUCAUUCCCUAUUCCAUAUCACAAACAUUCUAUUUCUGGUAGUAAUUACAAGAUAGCUGAUAUAAGGUACCAUAGUGGUGGUAACACUAGUAGGAAGAAUAUAAAACUAAAUGGACUACAGUUUCCUCUUCCUGGCGUAGAAAGCAUCUCUGUAUUCCACUGUGGAGAUCUUCCAAAACUAAUAUACAUUGAAGGUGGAGUUUCUACUGUUAGUAAUAAGUGGUUCAAGCCAAAUGGUAGUGAUGAUAAACCUUGGACACCAGUUACAAGUCUCAAUAACAUAACACCAGGGAAUCUUAAUGCCACUACAGACCAUGUCAAAUAUAACCAACUUGUGGGUCUACUAAAGGAUGCCAAUUGUAGCAAUUAUCAAGAAUGUAGUACCGGUUCUGGAGUGAUGGUAUCCUAUGAUUCUACUCAAUCCCCAUCUCUAGACCAAACUGCUUGCGCUAAUGUUUGUGUUAAACUUAAAACAUCUGAGGAAGAAGAGAAAGCUGAAAUACGAUGUGAUGCUCAAGAUGCUGGAGGACAAAGCUCUGGUAGUGCUAGUUCAUCUAGUAGUGUGGUUACUGGGGCUACCAAUAACUCUACAGAUCUUGGACAGAAUGGAGUUCAACGUGAGGAAGUCCCAGCUGCUGAUCUAUCUGACCAGGUUCCUGAUACAGAGUCUGAGACCAAGAUUCUCCUACAAGGAACUCCAGUGGCCCAGAUGGCUGAGGAUGCUAUUGAUGGUGAAGAACUAUUGAAAGAUGUGACCAGUGCGUUGGUAGAACUUGGAAUAGAUGAAUCAACCAUAGCUAUUUUACUUGGACUGUUUGCUGGGGAUGCUCUUGGACAUAUACCUGAUGUUCUUCCUGAAGCUGCUGACAUGGUCGACAAGGUUCUUAAAUUUUUUACUUCUAAGCCUAAUGGUGGAAAUACUCAGUCUAUAGUUAGUUCUAUGGAUACUACUCUUACUGGACUGGAAGGUGAACAUUCUAGUCUAUCUAUUAGUAGUGAUACUCAAUCCUUACCUAGAAUUAUAGGUGGUUAUCUCUCUUCUAAACCCUUACUUUUGGAAGAAGAUAUACCUACUGCUCCUCUUGAGAUUUUAGUUGGUACUGAUAUUCCUCUGGUAGUAAAUGGUUCUCAACCAUUACUUGGUCAAGAAGGUGAACAAUCCCUUAUUAUUUCUGAAACUAAUACAGUUCCACCUGAUAAAGCUGGAGCUCCCCCCGUUGUUGUUCAUCAUUUCGCUGAACUUACAGAAGAUCUUCCUCAUGAACUUUCUAAAGAAGCCGAAUUUCAAGCUAUUAAAGACUCUUCUAGUCAUGAAACUGUUGGUCCUGAACCUCUUGUUGCCGGAGCUAAAACUUCAUAUUCUAUUCCUUCUCUUCAUACUUCUGUUCCAGGAUCUCCUACUGUUAUUAUUAACACUGAUGGAGAUAAAGCACUACAUUUUGAUGCUCCAGGUGGAGGAUCUUAUCGUAUCCUAGCUCCUGCCAGUGCUGAAGAACCUCUUUCUGGAUCUACUGAUUAUCUUGGUGAAAAUGAUGAAUAUGAUGCUCAAGAAGAGUCUGGAGCCGAACUUGAAGAAGAGGAUUGCCUUGAGAAAGUUAAAGGCCAUGAAGUGAGCGAAAAGGGUGAAAAAAAUCAAGGAACUAAAAUUGAUACUCAAGAAAAAGCUAAACUUGGACCUGAUGAAAAUGGUGCUAAAGGUGAAAAGGAUGCUGAACUUCAACCUUCUGCUGGUAAUAGAGCUGUAUUAGCCCCUAUUAUAGGAAGCAUACUCAGCAUAGUUAAAGAGACACUUUCUGGAGUUAACGAUAUUGCUAAAGAUGAAAAACUUCUAGGAAACUUGAUGGAAAUAGGGAAAACAGGGUCUGAUUUAACUGAUGCAGUUGGUAUAGAGGUUACAAAAGCAACUCUUAAACGGAUUGUAGAGGUUCUUAAAAAAGGUACUAACUCUACUCCUGGACUUUCUCAAGGUAUUCCUACUGAACAUGGUGCUCAUACUAGAGGUGGUGGAGGACUAGGCUCUGGUGCUGGUGAUCAAUCUCAUCCCCCUCCUGCUGGCCCAUCUAACCCAGUUACUACUACACCUGCUGCUCCUUCUGAACCUCCUGUUGAAGCUCCUGCUGCUCAAGCUGCUCAUGGAACUCCUUCUCAUGGAGGCUCUACAUUUUGGGAAUCUUAUAACAAAUCUAUCCCUACUGUUUUGACUGGAGUUGGUGCUGUUUCAGGUUCUCUUACUGGAUUUGGUUGGUGGAUGUUUAAACGUUCUAAAGGAGAUCCUUGGGUUAGACACGGAUAUCCUAUAGAGUUUUUAAAGAAUGUACCAUAUUGA